AUGCACCGUAGGGAAAGUUCUUGUUUCCGUGGCUCGGUGAACUUCACGGAUUCAUCGACAUUUAGGAUCACCUGGCCGUCCUUCCAUCAAAACGAAGAUUGUGAGCUUGAUGAUUUACAGAACGCUUCUCACAAAUGGAGCCCGGAGCAGGUUGUAACUUGGCUUCAGACGAUUCCCAUCCCAUUGGACGAUAAGCAACAACUGAUCAAUGCAAACGGACUCACGGGAGAUGUACUACCCAGCAUACUACUCUCUGCAUCUGUGUUGUCUGGACUGAAUGAAUCGUCGUUUGCGUUAUUGGAAGAACGGAUUUUUCGCCUCAUAUUGUUCAACUGGUAUCCGACCCUCCCUCUGGAAGCCGUAGUCUGUGCGACGUUUUGCGUCUUCAUCGUACUUUACACCUCCAGAUUGAUUAUUGCUCUGGAUCUAUCCGCAUUCCUCGCCAAUUUUGAGCGAUUCACUCAUUUGGAGAGGUGUAGAUCACGUCUUCGAACAAUCAAGUCAAGGUAUGUGGUUGGUUUCGAUUUUUGUUUCACUUCUUUUGCUUCUGCGUUGCGCAUUGCUUUAGCUCCGGAGAGCAAUUGA